AUGGCCCCCUCCUCAAUGCUCAACACCCUCACCAUCCUCCUCUCAGCUACCGCCGCUCUCUUCACCGCCGGCGCCGACGCCACUCCCCUCCCCAGUUCCAACACAGGCACAAAAGCCAAGACCUGCGUCAACGGCCCACCCGCCACUGGUUCCUCGCCCGGCAGCCUACCCAUCGCCGAUUACUCCCUCGUUGCUCCCGCCGGGAACCUCAACUGGACUUCGUACACGGUCAAGAAGAGCUGGUGGGAUGAGCACUAUUUGAGUGGACCGCACUACAUGCCCUACUCCCACCACACCGAUCCGUACGGCGCGUUCAAAUGCCAGUAUACUUGCAACGCGGCGGGCGAUAAGUGCAAGAGUUACUUUUUGUGGUAUACGGACGUCAACGGCUCAAACGAGCAUAUCAACUGCGUUUUGUUUGAUGAUAUCAUCGACCAGUCCAUCUUUGUUCCGGGCACCAACGCCACUAUCGGCGCGGGUGGCUACGAUAGACGGUGCCAGGGCUCGGCCUAG